AGAAUUAGAAGACCGCGGAUCAGUAGAUUUGGAGAGAAGCAAAGUCUGAAUGAGCUAAAAAGCCUUUUCUAUUUGCCUUGGCAAUGAAGCAAGUGAAGUAACCACAGGGAAAUGCAAUUGAGUGAAAAGAACAAGAUUCCCUGCAUUUGGAACGGGGGUCAGAGGCAGUGCGCAUCUUUCCUGUCCUCGGCCACCUUAAACUUCCUGCAACUUCGGGGCUGGCCUUAUUGUCAGACUCCAGAAAUCUCUAGGCCCUGGUCGUAGGAGAAACACUGCACAUAUAAAUAAAGAGCGGGGAGGGGUGGAGGGAGAUGAAGUCAAGGCAGAAGAAAUCUAACUCUCCUUUUGGACCGGAGCGCAACCGGGCGGGGGCAGCGGUGUUCAGCCCCAGAACUCAAGAGUGUUCAUCUCGCCUGUGGAAGCUCGGCGUCCCGCAGGACCCACCGAAGGCGCACAGUCUCCGCUCUAGCUCACUUCAUCGGACGCAGACGACGGCUGGCUGCUGCGUCCGGCGGCAGCCCUGAGCAGGCUGCGCGGGGAACUGUGGCUGGAGCCUAGGAAGCAGUCUGGCUCCACCCGGCUCUCGCCGGCCGGUCCUCCCAUCUGGGAGCUGCAGGAUGGUCCAGGAGUCUCCCUCGGGGCUGCUGGUCCGGGAAUCUUCAGCCCCACGUUCCCGGUUGUGCGAGUCUCGCAGGGAUCCAGUUGACAGGUGCUAUCGACAGGGCACCGGGUGCCGUCCCUGGCGCACGCCCCGGGGCGCGUAGCCUCUGAACCUGGAAGCUACAAGGAGAGGGAGGCAGGGCGCGGCCUGGGGGACUCCGGUGGACUGGAGCCGUUGAGGUCGGAGCUAGAAACUUUACAGGCUUGGCAGCCGAGACUCAGCGACAGAGCCAGCCCACCCGGGCAGGUUCCGGGGGGAGAGGCAGCGCGGGAGUCCCACGGCCGGAGAACCGAGGCAGCGGCGUCUGUCCCCCGCGCUGGCCUGAAGCCGCGGGGCGCUCCCUGCUUCUGCUGCUGCGCCCCUCGCCGCCGCCGCCGCCGCCACCGCCGCAGGGCUCCGGGAGGAGGCACAGCCAGCGAGGGCGGUGGAGCAGGAGGAGGAGGCGGAGGAGGAGGGAAGAGGAGGAGCGGGGAGUGGAGGAUGGAGCCCCAGGCUGCCGCAGCGGGCUCCUCCGAGUCUGCCGCUGCGCCCUCCUCCUUCCAGGCCCGGCUCUGGAAGAACUUGCAGCUGGGGGUGGCCAAGAGUAAGGGCGGCGGCAGCAGCGGGCGCACCGGGGGCCAGGAGCAGCGCACUGCGGCCACCCCGUCGCCCUCCCCGCCACCCCCUGGGGGCAGGCGGGAAGCACUGGCCGGAGCGGGUGGCACGGGCGGUAGGUGGAUCGGCUUCAAGAAACGGAAGCAAGUGUUGGACCGUGUCUUCUCCUCCUCCCAGCCCAACCUGUGCUGCUCCUCCCCAGAGCCUCUGGAGCCCGGUGGCCCCGCCAGAGGCGAGCAGGGGUCCACGCUGCGCCGCAGGAUCCGCGAGCAUUUGCUCCCCGCGGGAAAGGGGCCCGCGGCAGCGACCGGAGCAGGCGGAGCGACGCCGCCUGGCGGACGCUCCCCAGACUCAGCUCCCUCUUCAUCCUCUGCUUCUUCUUCCUUGUCCUCCUCGCCUCAGCCACCCCCGAGGGGGAACCGUGCCCAAGAUGAGGGUGCACAGCGUCGGGGCGCCGCGGCGCACUUGUGCCAUCAGAAGAGUUCCUCCCUGCCAGGCACUGCCAGCCUGGAGCAGCUGCUGGAGCCACCUCCACCCCCGGCGGGGGCAGAGCGGGCACAGAGCUCCAGGGAGCCUUGGACCCUGGAGAAGGGCGGGGAGUGCGGCGGCAGCCAGAAAAUAAAUACUUCUGGAACCAGUAAUGCAGAUGUCCCUCUGGCUGAUCCCGGAAUGUACCAAUUGGAUAUUACAUUAAGAAAGGGUCAAAGUUUAGCUGCCCGAGAUCGAGGAGGGACAAGUGACCCAUAUGUGAAGUUUAAAGUUGGAGGAAAAGAAGUUUUUAGAAGUAAAAUAAUACACAAGAACCUCAAUCCUGUGUGGGAGGAGAAAGCGUGCAUUCUUGUCGAUCAUCUCAGAGAGCCAUUGUAUGUGAAGGUAUUUGACUAUGAUUUUGGACUACAAGAUGAUUUUAUGGGUUCAGCCUUUCUUGAUCUCACACAGUUGGAGUUGAACAGGCCCACCGAUGUGACUCUACCACUGAAAGAUCCCCACUAUCCUGACCAUGACCUUGGAAUCAUUUUGCUGUCAGUCACCCUUACACCUAAGGAAGGAGAACACAGGGAUGUGACAAUGCUAAUGAGGAAGAGUUGGAAAAGAUCAAGUAAGGAUCUCUCAAACAAUGAAGUGGUUGGAUCUUAUUUCUCUGUGAAGUCUUUCUUUUGGAGGACGUGUGGCAGGCCUGCGUUCCCUGUCCUGGGCUUCUGCAGAGCAGAGCUUCAGAGUGCUUACUACCAAAACGCACAAACCCAAAGUUUGCGUCUGUCAGAUGUACACAGAAAAUCACAUCUUUGGCGAGGAAUAGUCAGUAUCACGUUGAUUGAGGGGCGAGACCUCAAGGCCAUGGAUUCCAAUGGGUUGAGUGACCCCUACGUGAAGUUCCGGCUUGGGCAUCAGAAGUAUAAGAGCAAGAUUAUGCCCAAAACUUUGAAUCCUCAGUGGAGAGAACAAUUUGAUUUUCAUCUCUAUGAAGAAAGAGGUGGAAUUAUCGAUAUCACUGCAUGGGACAAGGAUGCUGGGAAAAGAGAUGAUUUUAUUGGCAGGUGCCAGGUCGACCUGUCGGUCCUCAGUAGGGAACAGACGCACAAGUUGGAAUUGCAGCUGGAAGAGGGUGAGGGCCACCUGGUGCUGCUGGUCACCCUGACAGCCUCGGCCACAGUCAGUAUCUCUGACCUCUCUGUCAACUCCCUGGAGGACCAGAAAGAACGGGAGGAAAUAUUCAAAAGAUAUAGCCCAUUGCGGAUAUUUCACAACCUGAAAGAUGUGGGAUUUCUCCAGGUGAAAGUAAUCAGAGCAGAAGGAUUAAUGGCUGCUGAUGUGACAGGUAAAAGUGACCCAUUUUGUGUAGUAGAACUGAACAAUGAUAGGCUUCUAACACAUACUGUCUACAAAAAUCUCAAUCCUGAGUGGAACAAAGUCUUCACAUUCAACAUUAAAGAUAUCCAUUCAGUUCUUGAAGUGACAGUUUAUGAUGAAGAUCGGGAUCGAAGCGCUGACUUUCUGGGCAAAGUUGCUAUACCAUUGCUGUCUAUUCAAAAUGGUGAACAGAAAGCCUACGUCUUGAAAAACAAGCAGCUGACAGGGCCAACAAAGGGGGUCAUCUAUCUUGAAAUAGAUGUGAUUUUUAAUGCUGUGAAAGCCAGCUUACGAACAUUAAUACCCAAAGAACAGAAGUACAUUGAAGAGGAAAACAGACUCUCUAAACAGCUGCUACUAAGAAACUUUAUCAGAACGAAGCGCUGUGUCAUGGUGCUUAUAAAUGCUGCAUACUACGUUAAUAGUUGCUUUGAUUGGGACUCACCCCCAAGGAGCCUUGCUGCUUUUGUGCUCUUCCUCUUUGUUGUGUGGAACUUUGAGCUCUACAUGAUACCGCUGGUGUUGUUGUUACUAUUGACAUGGAACUACUUCUUGAUAAUAUCAGGGAAAGAUAACAGGCAACGUGAUACAGUAGUGGAGGACAUGCUAGAGGACGAGGAAGAAGAAGAUGACAAAGAUGACAAGGACAGUGAAAAGAAGGGGUUUAUAAAUAAAAUCUAUGCCAUCCAGGAGGUAUGUAUCAGUGUCCAGAACAUCCUAGAUGAAGCGGCUUCCUUAGGCGAAAGGAUAAAAAAUACUUUCAACUGGACGGUCCCAUUCCUAAGCUGGCUGGCCAUCGUGGCCCUCUGUGUGUUCACAGUCGUGCUGUACUUCAUUCCACUGAGAUACAUUGUCCUUGUCUGGGGCAUCAAUAAAUUUACAAAAAAGCUUCGGUGUCCCUAUGCAAUUGACAACAAUGAACUGCUUGACUUCCUUUCUAGAGUCCCUUCAGAUGUACAAGUGGUGCAAUACCAAGAAUUGAAACCAGAUCCCUCUCACAGCCCAUGUAAAAGGAAGAAAAACAAUCUUGGCUAGCUAGCUCCCAGCACUGAGAAGACCAGCAUCUGCUCGGGAAGAUAAAAAAGCCUUCCAGCCUCAGCAGCAUUUCCUUUCUUUCUUUUUAUUUAUUUUACCUCUUAAAAAAUGAUAGUGAGAAUUUGUAAAUAGUGUAUAAGGGCAUAUGUCUUUGAAAAUAUACUUCCAUUGUACAGAAUCAAUUUGAUAAAAAGUUUACUUACUGCUGUAUGAAAGCCUUGUUAGUGGUGGCUAAUAAUAUAGCACACUGGAACAACAAAUGUAAGAAUGGUAACACUGGGAGACACACACUUCUCUAAUUACAAGUGGAAGAACCAGAUUAGAUUAUAUGCUUUGUUUUGCCUGAUGAAAUCUAUAUACAUGUUAAAGUUUUUUUCAUGUGACUAUUUUUUAUCUGAAAAGUACAUUACAGUUUUCUAUGUUUUAUACUUUUUGAAAGGGAGGAGGGAGUCCCAAGACGUGAAUAAUGGAACAGAUGCAUUUCAAUUUCACAUAAAUUCUGAUUUCAGAUCCUGACAUUUAUUCCUGAGCAAAGAUUUAGAUAUGACUAGGCUGACUUUAAGCUAAUGAGUGAAGGUAUAUUCACCACUCAAAAGAAUCUUCUAUACUCUGAAAUCCUACAAAGAAAACUUUCCUCUAUCAUUCCAUCUAAAACCUUAAAAUCUCUACAGGAUUACACAUAAAUACUGCCAGGUUUAUAAAUGAAUGCCUAUCUGAAUUUUUAUACCUACCACUACUUUAAUUUGUAUCAAGUUAGAAAAUUAGCAAAAUUUCAGUAAACAUACUAGCAAACUAAAUCCAUAUUGCUUUUGGUGUCAGAUUAUACCCCUGUAUAUCUAAAAAUAUUUAAUACUCACAUGUUCUCACAGAAAAAAAGUUAUGUGCUUUCUCAUUAGAUUACUGAAAUCUUUAAUGCAUACUAUGAUUUUUGUUAUUAGUGUGAAUUGUAAUGUAGAGGAGAAUGCAGUGUGCUAAGUGAUAUGCCAAUGUUUCAUUUAUAGAAAAAAAUAAUCAUUCUUGAAAAUAUGAAUGCAUGAAAACCUCCUUUUGUAAAAUAAACUGUGUAUGGGGAGGGGGAGUUUGCCUUUAAAAAGAUUUCACUACUUACUA